AUGUCAUCCUUGCGCGAAAUAACUCUUUUCGCUGGCUCCGCCUACCGGAUAGCAAGCCACGCCUAUUUCGAAGCACCGCCCGUAUGUUUCGCGUUAGCUGGCCAGAAGAUCUCUCGGUUGUCUUUUUUUGGAAACUGAACAGUUUCCCAUUUUGUUUGCCGUCUUAUUCGUUAUUAUAUAUAUAUAUAUAUAUAUUGAUGACUUUAUUUUUUUGAAAAAAAGUGAAAAAAAGAGUUUUAUUGUUUUUUUAACCGGAAAACUUCAUAAGAAAUGCUGAAAUUCAAGCUUCAUACUCAAAUUAUUGGAACUAAUUCUUUUUAAAAAAAUCUUUCUUGAAUAUUUUUUUCUAAUUUUAACUUUGAGAACGGAAAUUUUGAAUAACUUCAAUCACCAAGUUUUUCAUUUAAUGUCGAGAAGAAUAUGCAGCUUUUACUAAAAAAAGUCCCCCUGAAAGUUUUUUUUUCUUUUUUAAUUUUUAUUUUCAAAAAUCGAAGCAUUUUAAUUUUUCCGGUAAUUUCAGGCUCUCCAAGGCCGUUCCGUCUUCUUUCUUUUCAUUUGCCAGGAAAAUGAAACUCUUCGGCAAAACCGACAUUUAACCAAAUUCCUAGAAGUUAUGUUAUUACUAUUCUUUGCUGUUAUUCCCUUUCUGGCGGCCAAUGUACAGGUAUGAUUUUUUUUUUUACUUUCGAAGAGCUUACUAUUUUAUUUCACCAUCAACUGAGCAAACAAUAAUAUUUGGCAUAUAAAAGCUUAACGCAGAAAUCCAUUCAUUUUGGCAGCGACAGCUGAGCCCACAUUCUAGCGAAUAUUUUGGGCAGUUCUAUGAAAAGUUCUAAAAAAUAUCGACUUACUUUUUCAGCCUGAGUGGUAAUUGUUUUUUCACUUCUUGAUCGUGGCGUAGUUGUUUAGCUGACGAUAAUAUAAAUUUCUAACUCAGAAGAUUCUCGGCAUAUCCUUUUACGAGUAGAAUCGAAAAAAUGCAUCACAAAUUCAAAAGUUUUUUUAUCUGGUCUGGGUUUUCGUUCCAAUUUUGAAACUACAUUGCAAUUUUUUUCGCUCUGUGAAAAAUUGAUUUGUGAUUUUUUGCUUUUUCUCACUCUUGAAUUUUUGAUUUCCUAAAUUUUAAUAAUUUUUCUUUCACGUUCUUGCCUUUUCCGCCUUUAUUUGAACUCUUCACUUAAUCCGAAUGAAAUAUCCUGUUUUUCUUGAACCCCAAAUAAAUAAGGGAAUAAAGAACAGCUGCUCUCGACGCAUCGUGCAUAAUCGGGAAACGCGCGAAAAACGCUUCUCUCCCUGCGUCUCUUCUCUCUCGUCGCUCGUUUUAGCGCUGGCGCGAACGUUGUGCUGCAACUGUAUUAUUGUGCCAGAUGGCGCCCAUCCCAACACUUCUCGAGUAUCAUAAAUAAUCCGUCCAUCCAAGACAGAUCUGUUGCUCAGAUCACAGCAACGACUUUUUCAUUAAAAAAAGGAAUACAUUUGGUUUUGGUUGAGCUUCUUCAAGAAGCCGAAUUAAGGGGUUGAUUAUGAACUACUUGAGAUAAAAACUGAAUAUUUACCUUUUUCGAACUUUAAAAAAGUAAAAACCUCGGUCCAAUCGUUCGAAAAUGGUUUUUUGCGCUUGAUAUCCGUUGCGAUUCCGUGUAAAAUCUUCACUCGAAAGGGUCGCUCUCAUUCUGAGGCUUCCACCUAGAGCACGGUCUCCGGGCUUCAGCUACAACAUCCGCUACCUUCUGAUUUGUCAAGGCACAAUUGAACGGACUAAGCGCAGAAGAUCGAGACGAAGGACCGUAAGACCAUUUUUUCAACUUUUUCGACUACACUCUAGGACUUCUAGUUUACCGAAAGCGGUUGUUCGUUAUAGCUUUUAAAGUUUUUGUUCACCGCCUAGUCGAUUAUAUCUGACUUUCGGCUUCAAUGGACGUGGCCGACGACCUCUCCUCGGUUACGAAACAGAAAAAGUUAAAGAAGUGAAUAUUAUGAAAAAAAAAGUUCUCCACUUUUUGAACCUGUAUUCGGAAUUUAAAAAAAUCACUGAAAUUUUGAAAAUAAGAAGCGGCUGAAAACGAUGUGAAUAUAAAUCGCCACUUCUGUAUUUUUUGAAAACUUUCUUUGACAAAUUGCGUCCAAGAUCAAAAGACCUUUUUGCAUCCAUUUACUUUUCCUGAUUGCUCUAGAAGUUCCGAACUUUCGCGACCCCCAAAAACUGUAAAAGAGCCUUAUGAUGGUCCUCUUUUACCACCAGCCUUGAGUGCGUUAACAGCUUGAGCCGAACACGUGUGGGGUCAACUGUCCGCAUUUUCGAGGAGGAGGCGAAUGUCUUGUUGUUGGCUCGUCGAGCAUACUAAACAUGAGCACGCGAAUGGGCCGUGUUGAAUGGCCUGGAAUGGACCGCUUGAGGUUGCUCUUCCACACGAAUUACGCCUCCUGAAAGUCUCACUUUCUAGGAUGUACGAAUUAAGGCAAAACCAUUCUCAUUCUCAAAAAUAAUUCGGAUAAUAUUAUGGGACAAUGGAGCCAAAAAUCGAAUUAGCUCUCAAAAAGAUUUCCCGAAGGAAAUGACGCUUUUUGUAUUCAGAGAAAUCUCUUCAGUUUUAGAACUUCACUAAACGAUGUUUCGGUCAAAUAAUGUUUCCAAAACGUUUGAAGUUGCAGAAAUGUGAAAUUUUACGUUUAGAUAAAUUUUUUCCAAAACUUGAAUUGAAUGGGUUUUUUUUUCAUUUUUUUUUCCGGUGUAUUUUUACAAGAAUCGAUGCAGAAAUGUUUCUGGAACUUCGAGAAAACUUAAAAUAAAAUAAGAUUACGGAAUCUUAAUAGUUAUUUUAAGAAUUUUUAUUUUUUUGUUUGUGAAUAGUGAAACUGCAAAUCGGAUAUUUUUUCUGAGAAAAAAAAAUCUUCAAAGGUCUCAUCAAUAGCUCUUAAAAGAGAAGAUUCGUUAGCAGCUUCCGAGUGGCUCACCUAGGCCUCUUUUCAUUGUUCUCUUCUUUUUGGCUCGUCUAAUGAAGGUUGAUGAAGCUUAUGGGACGUCAGGGCAACGUACGAAGAGUAGGAAUCAUUUAAGAAUUCUCUAGGGUAGCGAUAUAAUCUUCGCUUGUCAGUGAAUGCCAAAAUUGACAAGAAAAUAUUCAUAGGACGUUCGAUGUAAAAUACUGAGGUUCAAUUUUAUCAGAAAAUCCGUUAGAAUAAUAAUUGGUUAGAAAAAAUCGACCAAAAAUAGAGGAUAGAAUUAUAAAAGAUUGAAAAUUUAAAAAAAAAACGUUUUUUUGUUAGUAAGUUGACAAUGUCAAGCGUUUUCCUUCAGAGUAAUAACAAAGAAAAAAUAUUUCGUGUGAUCAAGUUUUCAAAAAAGCUCUUCUUACAGAAAUCAGGAGUUCUAAUAAUUUAGAAAAAAAUUCUUAUCAAAUAAAAAGUUAUCUGCUUUGUAAUAAUAAGUAGGCUUUUUGAAGCAAAUCAAGCUUAUUACGAGAGGUGGUGGAGAUAAUUAUCUUACUUUAAAAAAAAUAUGUUAAUCAAUGUAAAAAAACAAGAUGGAACAAUCGAGGUAUUUUUGAACGAUCAUAAUAGUUUCGAGAUAAUUUAUCACUUGUUAUUUUAUCUUUGGAAUUUCCGUUUUAGCACUCUCAGGAGUUUUCUGUCCACUUAUAAAAAAAUCAAAAAAAUAUCUUCGUCGUUGAAAAUAGUAUCCUGGUGUCAACCAAACAUAGAAAAGGGUAAUUUUAAUAAUGUUUAUUGGAGAAACUUUUUGGAUAGCUUCCAAGUCUUUGCCAUUCAUAAACUAUUGAGAAUACUGAAUGAUUAACGAGACAAGACAAGACCCGUGUGUCCAUUUGGAGCAUGUUUGCCCAGUGUGGAAAUGCUCCAUGUCAGCGGAUCGUGUUGCGUGUGACAGUGAUACGUGGUUCGCUCAUAUGUUGACAGGGCUUUUGGGGACUUGUCAAUUCAUUUCUUGACUAGAACAUUUUUUGCGAAAAACCAGAUUUAUUUUACCUUCUUUUUUUAAAGCUAUUUUUCAAGACGAAACAAAAUUCAAAAAUGGAAAGGCCAGAACAAACCAGGCUUCUAAUAAAAGCGCCAAAUUUAGUCGAAAUAGUCUCAUCCUGACUAAAAAUACUCACCAAGGAAUUACUUUUACUUGUUAAAUCCUAGUUCCUGUUUAAUUUCAAACGAAAAAAGAACCUAAAAAGUGAUGUCUGUCGUUAAAAGUCUGAUAUUUGACUAGAAGAAACUUUGCCCCCCGGACUGCCCCCUUUCUCUUCAGGUCCCACUAAGGCCGUGAUAGUCUGAGGGGUCGACCCUCGCACAAGCCUGACUGAUUUGAAAAUAAAUCGAAAAAAAAAAUAUUAUAGGCGCAUGAAACGGUGAUACUUCCCGCAAAUGUGCCGGUUGGAUGGCUGGUGUCGGAUCUGCGCCUCAACCGAGUUCUGUCUCAGAAUGAGUCCGCCGAGCUACAGCCUUCACCUUUUAGCCAUUUAUUCGUUAUUAGACAUGGAGCCAUGGUCAGUUUUGUUAAUUAUAAGUUUGAAAUUACGAAAUAGAAAGUGAGGUUGUAUUCCAACCAAAUAAUUUAUUUCUUCUUGUCUUUUUACUCGAAAUUUCAAGCUUUUUUCUGUAUAUUUUUCAACAACUGAGAUCUUCAUUUAUAAUACUCCAGUAGCUCUUCUUCAAUUACUUCGACUUAAACUCUUUACACUACUACAUUGAACAGUCUGCCCUGUCUGCGUCCUCUCUUUCCUCAUCAUAAAAAUGGGAAGAGCUCGUGACAAGAGGGAUCGUUGAAAGAGAAGGAGACGCAGAGAGAUUAGAAUGUUAUGCAACGUGGUGGUUGGAGUAAAUCUAGCCCAAAAAAAUGGGAUUUAAACGGAAAGAUCUUUGGAAAACCACAGAAACCAGAACUUUCCUGUUUUUCGAGAUCUUUAUUUUCAUAUCUAUUCUAAUAGUUUUUUUUCGGAAUGAAUGUUUGAUAGUUUUCAGGUUCUUACCAAUGGGAAGCUUCAAGGGCUCGAUGGGGAGCUGGUUGAGCUCACUUUCACAGCCAAACAGGAGAAUUUUCAAAGAAUCAUCGCUUUGAAUGUCUACAUUGGAACUAGUAACAAAGUGUCCGUUAUUUUUACUUUUCAUAGGCUUUUUGGAAAACAUAACUUUUGAUUCUUAACCAACCAAAGUUUCUAACCGAACAAAUACUGUGGAAGAAAAAAGAAGCGAGAGAGAGAUUAAAUUAGUAAGCGUAAAAAUUAACAAAUCAAAAAAGGUUCUUAUUUCAGAAGCACCUCGUUCCUGCGGUCGACUUACACGGCGACGGCGUAUUCUAGUGCGGAAAUCGGCUCAAAAAUAAUAUUCAGCGAGCCGAUCGCCCUUCGAAAUUUCGAUCCUGCCCUCAAAUCUCCCGCCACAAUUCAGACUAUUUCUGACCUUUCUACAACUCCAUUUUCUGUAGUUCCCAAUGGAAAACUAUCGGUUGACGUUAGUUUCUUUCGUAUAGUUCAUUCAAAACUAGCUAAGAUUUGUUUUUUUGUGAAUAAAAUACUUCAAUAAACUCUUUUGAAACACAAUUUUCUGUUAGUCGUAAAUUUAGAUGUUUAGGAUGUAGGAAGAGACGCGAAUUCUCAUGCGCGAAAAAUUUUUUUGCUUUCAUAGUUCUUUGUAUACAUAAUAAAAAAAUAGCCUGAAUUUAAAAGGGAUUAUCUGAACCUUUCAGCAAAAAUUAUUAACUUUCGAAAAGUCUUCUUUGAAUCAAUAAGGAAGUUUUUAGAUAAUUCUGACGAGAAGCUUAGAAGAUCUGACGGAAAGAAAGGAGUAUGUGCUCUACCUCGGCGCCAGGAAUCUUUUCGGCGAAACAGUUACUUCUAAAUGAAUUUUCAAUCACGGAUUUUUCUUUUUCAGGUGGCUCAGUGCAAAGUCUCCAUUACCGUGGAGAUUUUGGGAGAAAAAAGCGUAAAUGAGGCCUUAAGUAGCGAUAUUUUUGGUCCGAUCCCAGCCAAUGUGACAGUUUUCAACGUCGCUGAGAGGUUUACUUUUGUUUUUAUGGUUUUUUUUUAAUUUUUGACUUUUUUUUCAAUAAUGUUUGAAAGAUGCUUCAUUUUUUUAUUGAUUAAUACAAUAUAAAAGUUUAAAAAAAAGGAUGACUAUAUGGGUACUUGAAAUGAAUACUUGAAAUUUCGCGCUUUUUUUAAUUUUUUUCUUUCCUGUAAAAAAAUUUUUCUUUCAUCUUGCAGCAAUUCAAAGAGAGUUUUUUUAAAAACAAAAAAAUGGCAGGAAUAAAAGUUCACUGGUGAAAGUCGGUCGGAAAAGAUCUAAAAAAGAAAAACAGAUCACAUUUUAGAGCUUUUUUCUCCUUUUUCAAUUCAAAUUAUUUUUUAAUACGGCAAAAAUUUCAAAUUUUUUUUUGUUGUUUCUAUAUUUUUCUGGUCUGCGACAUUAUUCAAAACCACUGUGAAAGCUUCUAAAAACGUCUUGAAAACCCAUCCAUUUCAAAAGGCUCGCUUUUUUCGCCUUUUUUUUCCAUUUGCUCCCGAAAGACGUUGGUGGUGAGUCAUUAAUGAGCUUUCGCUUCCUCUCGAAAUUCUUCGUUUGUACUCCUCUCGAAAAACUCCCAACGAGGGUGUGCGUAAUUUGAUUUUGGUCAGGAAAUUAGGAGUCGACGGAGGGAUGGUUGAGAUAUGAAAUAAAACCGAAAACGGUGAAAUUGAAAGAAAAAGAGGGAAAAAUGGAAUGAAAAAGGUUAGAAAUUUUGAAACUUUCUGUUUGAGAAUCUUUUCUGUAGUUUUUUGUAAGUGCAGAAGUUAAACAACUUCUGAAAACUUUUUUCGCAUCAAGACAAUAUUAACUUGUAGUCGCUGUUCCUUUAAGUGUCAUACCAAGGUUUUAAGAUAAUUAUGCUUUCUUUUAUGAAAAAAAAGCGAAUUUCAGGUUACCUGGUCCAGCACUCUUUUUCAAGCUCGGAGAAACUUCGAAGUUUUUCACUAUCAAUAAAUUGACGGGAGAAGUCUCAACGCGUCACAAUGUCGGAUUUGGGACCUAUUUGCUGCAAAUCGUCGUUGGAAAUAGAAAAAAGGCGGUCAGUUUUGAUUAGAAUAGUUCAACUUAACUGAAAUGAACUUCAUCAUCCGAGUUUUUUUUUUCAGGCUUCCAGAAUCCCUCUGGAGCUUCAUGUCAUCAAAGAAAUGCCCAAGCCGCUAAAAAAAGUUCGGCCAAGACGUCACCUCGACGACGUGGUAUUCAACGUCAAAGAAAACGAGCUCGUCGUGCCGAAAAUGGUGAAAAAGAUGUUUAUAUUGAAAAUUCCGCUUCUUUUUUUUUUGCGUUUGCGAGAUGAGCCGCUAAUUUUUUUUAGUCACUGGCAAAUUAGUUUAGUUUAAUUUAACCUUAUAGCAUGUUCAUAGUAUUUCGUCGAAAUCGAAAUAAUCUCUGAAUUCAUUUUGAACACAGCUUUCUAUUUUUCUAUAAAAAUCCUCUUUUUUUUGAGUUAUUCUGUUGUUUGAAAAAACUGGUUUUUUUUUCAGCGCAUCGCUUUAUACCCAGGCGAGAAAAUUGGCGAAGUCAGCGCUGCCAGGGAGAAAAUUCGCAUCGAUCAGGAUGGUUUCGAAAAAAAUUAUCAACUUAACAGGGUAAACUUCAUUUUAGGAAAUAUAAAUCUCCUGGAACCUCUCAACUAUGAAAAAACGAGCACAAUAAUCGCCACGGUUCCUGUCACCGGCAUGGUCCACAGUACGUUUAUUUUUUUUCUAUUUUUUCCCGAAUCCGCGUUCAAAACAAAAAGAGAAAGCCGUUCAUUUGCAUAACCCAUUGUUCCAAACUACCCAAUGAGAGUCAGAAAUGAGCAUAAUCCAUGCUUAAACGACCCAAUUCCGCUUUUUUAUGACCUUUUUGUGGGUUUCAGAACGUCCCAAAAGGUUUUUUGGUUGAGAAAAGGAUGGGAAUGUCAAAUUUUUCAAUUUCGACAUGGACGAAGAGAAAAAACAUGCUUGAAAAAAUUUGAAGUCAAUUUUUUCGAAAAUUAUUCUUUCAUUUUCUGGAAAAUAUUUUGUUGCAUAGUUUGGCGGUGUCUGGAACUUUAACUGGAAGGUGUCUAGAUUUUCUUUCUAACUUUGAAACUUUGGAGGAUAUAUCUUCGUAUAGUUUUUUUUUCCAACUAUGGUUACUCUUCCUCAAGAGGCUUUUUCCAAAAUAAAAUUUCUGAAUAUUUGUUCAUAAGUUUCGAGAAGAGCCAUUUUAAUGUAAUCUUUCGUUUGAGUUAGUUUGUAUUGAGUUGAUUUUGAGUCGAAUAAUUUUUUAUAGAAUUUCAACCUCAAAUAGAUUCGCAGCAAAAGCGUUCAGAGGUAUAUGUUGUAAACGAUUUUUCGCUUCUUAAUAUUUAGUCGAAAAAUUCAUUGGCUCGUAUGCAUUCUGCAACUUUUGUGACAUAGUUUGUGACUGCAAAAGCCGGAAAAGGCAUGUGUUCUGAGGGGUUUUUCCGGUCGGACUGGCCGCCGCGGCGGAAUAGAUUGCGAGCCAAAAGUGACGAGACACGAAAUGAUGAAUGACCCGCCGGCGCUCAAUUACGCGCCGCUUAUUUGACGGAUUAUUGGCGUUUUGCCAGUAGCCCUCAGGCUCAUCAUUUUUCUUUUCUGAAAAGAGGGACGACGUUCAUGUGAUAAGAAGGGAUCAGGCUGCAGGUCUAAAAAUUGGCUUCGAGAAAAUGUAUUUUCGAAAUUGAAAGCUUCUUGAGAUUUUCGCGAGGGAAUAGAACCCAAAUGAAUAUUUUCACUUCACGAUAAAAAGAGUGCUUGGUCAUGAUACAAUCCAUAUUUUUCAAAUUUAGUUCAACUCUAAAUUCUUCCUGGAACCUUUGCGAUAGCAUAGACAAUAUAAUAGGAUUUUGAAAAAAAAGGCGUUCGAACUGUCAUUUUGAGUCAAGUACGGCACUCAGUUUGUCCGGCAUGAUCUUUGAAGAAACUUUAUUUAAAAAUGAUGAAAUUAAUAAUUUUUUUUUGGUUUGUUUACACUCGAAAUUUCGCCCAAAUCGCUUCGCGGUGAACUAAUUUCUACCAGCGCCAAAACAAUUGCGUGAGCUCCUUGCGUAACACCUUCACACCACGGCUGACAAUUCGCCAAUUGUUAUAACCCCUUAAUUAUUUCUUCUGUCAAAAAGCCAAAAAAUUAUGGGCUUCUUUGCGAAAAAGACCCAAAUAGCGCGGUGGGCUUUCAAAUUUUAACCAAAAAAAACUGAGUUCAUUUUUUCAGCCCCUUCACCCUUUGAUAGAGAACACUGCUUUUUCUGUCAAUUUUUUCAAGAAAUAGCGGUGAAAACGCGUAAUCAAAAAACUAAAAAAACGAAAAAAUGCGAAAUGAUUUUUACUAAACUCUUUGAGCAACCGUCGUUUGUAAUUGGCAGCAAUCUGUCUGAUGGCGCGCCGAGAAACCCUCAAGGGGCCUCUCAAUGAGGUGGUAAUUGAGGGUCCGCUGCUCGUCUCAAAUAAUUGAUAGUUGAGUCGACGCUACUCGCAGCUGCAUUUUUCAGGGUCCAUCCAAUAAUAAAUGGCGCCAGCCUGUCCCUUUUUGUUUUUUUUUAUAGAUUUUCAACAUGCCGCGUGUCUCCAAGUGAUUGGGAUAUUUGGAAAAAAGUUCAUCUGAUUAAUGAAAACAAUUAAUGUUCAAAAAAAGGGUAAAGAAAAGAUGAACCUAUUUCAAAAUUUUAGCUAACGGAAGAAAAGAUGCAUUUUGAGGGUGUCUUGGCUCUUUAGAAAAAAAUAUGCAGCUCGAAGCGAUUUCAUAGGAAAUAAAAAAAGAAAACUUUUUAUAAAAAAAUUUUUAUGGAAUUUUCAAGUGAAUAGAAACCAGUAUAAAUUCAACCUCAUUUGAUUAUUUUCGUCGAAUAAAUUUAGAUCAUUUGAAAAUUGCUAGUUACAAAACUUUAUUUAAAACUUUAUUUGAGGAGCUUUAGUGGAAAUAAACUCCGUAUCAUUCAUUUUUUUUCAAAGGAAAAAAAUUCUUCAAGACUGGAAGAUUCCGACAACCUUUUUUUGGGCUGGACGUCUGCCAAGCAGGUGGCGAUCGAAAAAGUCAGGGACUUCUCAAGUGGUCACUUGAGGUUGCUCACCCGAAACUAA